AUGGACCAAACACCUCUACCUUUUGAGUUUCUAGAUGGCAAGACAUACGACUUCAAAGGAAAUAAAACAAUAUGGGUACGAGCCCUACGCCCUGGCUGGUCAAAACGUCAAGCAACAUUAAUGAUUACUGUUUGUGGAGAUGGUGUACCACGAUGUUAUUCAUUGAUAAUAUUCCGUGGUGAAUGUGUUGGUGCAAAUGUGAUAGCUGAACAGCUGCAUUACCAUCCCCGAGUACGAGUUGAGUUCAAUUCCAAAGCCUAUAGCAACGAGGAUAUCACUUUAAAAUGGAUACACCAUGACUUGAAAUGGGCGACUGACUUUGAUCCCACUGGCAACCUACCUCGUCUUGUUGCUUUGGAUGUAUUCGCUGGUCAAAAAACACCUAAAGUACUUAAGGCGUUCAAAAGUCUUAACAUGACUACCUCCUUCAUUCCGGAAGGCUGCACCUCUCUUGUGCAGCCACUCUAUACAUCUAUCAAUAAAAUUUUGAAAAAUCGCAUUAGUCAACUGAUUGAUGAGGAAAUGGAUCGGAACCCUAACAAAUGGGAUGAUAAAGCAUUCAAUGUUAGUGAUAGACGAAUCCUUAUUACCCAUUGUGUAGGAGAAGCAUGGGAGUGGCUGCAUCGGGAGCGGAAGGAUAUGAUUGUGAAGGCUUUUCGUCAAGUUGGUCUUACUUUACCAAUAGACGGCUCGCAAGACUCUGAAAUCAAAAUCAAAGAUUUACCAGAUAUUGUGGUUGGAAACUGGCACGAAGGUGGUAUUGAUUGCAACUUGAACCGGAUGGGAAAGACAAGUGAUGGAAGUGAUAUAAAUCUGGAUGCAGAUGAGGCCAACAUCUAUAUGCCAGACAUCACUAGAGAGCUUGAACAUCUUGCACAUUCACCUGAAGACGAGGAGUAUAUUCUUGAAACAGGACCCACUACUCAAGAAAUCUCAAGAGAAUGGGCAAUCAGAGUGUCAGGGAGAGAGAAGAAAGAUCUAGCAAAUAGUCAAUCUCAGUCCGAAAGGGAACAGGUAGUACGGGCAGCGAUGCAAUUGGAUUUUCUUUGUAGUAAUUGA